AUGUCAAACAAUCAUUUACAUUACAAAACACUUAUAAAUAGGAAAUUUUAAGGUUGUCGGUCUAGUUGGUGAAGUUGAAGUGUACAUAUUUGACCAACGCAAACAAAAAGCUGGUAGAAGUAGUAGAGGAAGAUGUGAAGGAAAAGAGAAGUUACCCUUAGCUUUGCUUCUUAAGCACGCGCCAAAACUUCCACCAACUCCAUCUUCACAUCUUCCUCUACCCCCUUUCAACUUAUAUAUAAUGCACUUUCCUUCUUUUCUUAGAGUUUCAACGUUGCAUUUGCAUAGAGAGCUUCUUAUCAUUUUCCAUGGCCAAUGCACUACAAAACGCCGCCAUCUCCACAAUCACGUUUGGAGACCACUAUUCCGUUUCUCGUUGCUUCUUUCCAUCCCUAUCCACACUUCCUUUCAGAGCCAUGCAGAAAAGAAAUCACGUGGAGCUGAACAAAAGGGUGGUCGUGGUAAAGGCAAGAAAUAAGAGUGAUUUUGAUGACGUAGAAGUUGAUGUUUCUUUGAGCCACAGAGUUAAUGCUGUGAAGCCUUCCAAAACUGUGGCAAUAAGCGAUCAUGCCACUGCUCUGUUACAAGCUGGAGUUCCCGUUAUUCGCUUAGCGGCUGGAGAACCUGACUUUGACACACCCAUUGUUAUAGCCGAGGCUGGGAUGAAUGCAAUUCGUGACGGUCACACUAGAUAUACACCUAAUGCCGGAACCUUGGAAUUACGCCAAGCAAUAUGUCACAAGCUAAAAGAGGAGAAUGGAAUUACAUAUACCCCAGAUGAGAUUUUGGUCAGUAAUGGAGCGAAACAGAGUGUUGUUCAAGCAGUGCUUGCAGUUUGUUCCCCAGGAGAUGAGGUUAUCAUUCCAGGUCCAUUCUAUGUGAGUUAUCCAGAAAUGGCAAGACUAGCAGAUGCAAAUCCUGUGAUUAUUCCAACCCACAUAUCUAAUAACUUUCUUUUGGAUCCGAAACUGCUUGAAGCCAACCUUACAGAGAGAUCAAGACUACUUAUUCUUUGUUCACCGUGUAAUCCAACAGGAUCUGUCUACUCUAAGAAAUUACUUGAAGAGAUAGCCCAAAUUGUAGAAAAGCACCCCAGGCUUCUGGUUCUCUCUGAUGAAAUUUAUGAACACAUAAUUUAUGCACCUGCAACUCACACAAGCUUUGCAUCUUUAACUGGAAUGUGGGACAGAACACUAACAGUGAAUGGGUUUUCCAAGACAUUUGCCAUGACUGGGUGGCGUCUUGGGUAUAUUGCUGGUCCAAAACACUUUGUUGCUGCCUGCGGAAAGAUUCAAAGUCAGUUCACUUCGGGGGCAAGCAGUAUAUCUCAGAAAGCUGGUGUUGCUGCAUUAGGACUAGGCUAUGCAGGUGGAGAGGCUGUUUCCACCAUGGUGAAAUCCUUCAGGGAAAGAAGGGAUUUCUUGGUUGAAAGCUUUUCAGAAAUGGAUGGUGUGAAAAUAUCUGAACCACAGGGGGCAUUUUAUCUGUUCAUUGAUUUCAGCUCUUAUUAUGGAAGAGAAGCCCAAGGGUUUGGCUUAAUUGAGAAUUCUGACUCCCUCUGUCGAUACCUGCUGGAAAAGGGCCUGGUUGCACUGGUGCCGGGAAGUGCAUUUGGAGAUGAUACUUGCAUCCGCAUUUCUUAUGCAGAAUCUCUUACUGUUUUAAAGACAGCAGUAGAGAGAAUUAAGAAAGCGCUUAUCCCUCUAAGCUCUGCUGCGCUUCUUUAAUUACUAUUAUUUGUUCUAUUUUUUAUUUGCAUAAUGUUACGUUCUCUUACCAUAUUCUUUUG